UCCGCUGGCACUAUAUGUUCCAGACCGGCUGGCCAAGCUGAGGGUAACAACUUGUUGCGCUUACAUGGACCGGAAAGAUAUAGUUGGUUUGACUUGGAUUGGACUAGCUAUGCCCCUCCUACUUCUCCAACUCGGCUCUUUUGCUCCUUUAGUCAUAGAGAGCGAGAGAAGAUGGUCAUUGUAUUGUGGUUGUAUCAAGGGAUCACGGGGUUGCAAUGGUGGUCUGUCACUGGGCGUCGACCGGGGAAUUGCUAAAUGUGAAGUUGAAGUCUCCGCGUGGCAGGAGUUUUGUUCCGCAUGUUCACUCACUCACUCACUGACUGGGCAGGGAAUGACAGCAGGGAAACGUGACCCGCCGGCCAUGCUCCUCCUGACCGCCUUCCAUCUGCCCCGCCUCCUCAGCUCCUAUUCCACUCUCGCCUUUCGUCCCUUUCCCCUCCAGCUGCUUCCGGCUUGCUGCCUGUCACUCUACUUUAAUUCAAUCCGGCGCUUUGCUUUUCUGCAGAGUCACUCACUGUAGCUUCAAGCUAGCCCUGAGACCCGCUUUGGUCCAUCUCAUUCUCUCAUCCUCUCAUCCUCGAGCGUGCCGGUCUCAGACACUUGCUCGGGAGUUUCCCCCUUCGUCACGACCUCUCUUACCAAACCAUGGUCGGCAUCUCCCGCAUCGUACCACUCGCC